GCAUGCGCCGCGCGACGCCCCCGCUGCCCGCCGAGCGAGGGGCCGCUGAGCAGGGCUGCAGCGCGCUUGCGCAAUAGCUGGACGCGGGCGUUUCUUUCCUCCCUUUUCGAAUUGGUAUUGAGAGGCGGAUCGGAGUUACAAAAUGGCGGCCUGGAGCGUGCUCGGCGCGGUUCCCCCAGCGGUCUCCGGCUGAGGGGACGGCUCCGCUCGCCGCCGAGCGCAGACAGACGAGCCCCUGGGGGACAUGGUGUGGGGGACUCCGGGCUUGCUGAUCUCCGAGUCCUUCCAGAAUCUCUGCGCCCCGGAAGCGGCCAGGUGCGCUCACCCGGCGACCGGCCGCCGCGACCUCGGACCUGCUCGCCGCCGCGCACCGGGCGCACCGGAGCUUCGCCGUGCCCGCCGCCCAGCGAGUUCCGCGGCAGCCGCCCCGGAGCUUCGGAAAGAUGGCCAAAAGAAUCGCUGAGAAGGAAUUGACCGAUAGGAAUUGGGAUCAAGAAGACGAAGCCGAAGAGGUGGGGACAUUCUCAGUGGCCAGUGAGGAAGUCCUGAAGAAUAGAGCCAUAAAGAAAGCAAAGCGUAGGAAUGUCGGAUGUGAAUCUGAUGGUGGAGGGGCCUUUAAAGGCUUUAAAGGGCUGGUUGCACCUUCUGGAGGAGGAGCGUUUUCGGGAUUCGGUGCUUGUGUUGGCGGGAAGCCUCUGGAAGGACUGUCCAAUGGGACCAGCAUGACUGGUGCCCCGCCCUUCUCCAGUGCGAGAGCUGCGGCCGAGACCAAGGUGGCCUUCGGAUCUAUCGCUGCAAACGGCCCCGCCUCCUUGGCUGAUGGUAAGGUUUCAAAUCCCAAAAGGAACGGUGACGGUCAGCAGUCCUCUGGGCUUGCCCCGAGCACCACCCCACAAGGGAGCGCCUACCACAAGCAGCUGGCGGCCUUGAACUGCUGCGUGCGGGACUGGAUCGUGAAGCACGUGGACGCCAACCCGCUGUGCGACCUGACGCCGGUCUUCAGAGACUACGAGAGCUACUUGGCGGGCAUCGAGCAGCAGCUGGGCGACAGUGGGAGCGGCGGCUCCGAAAGGAAAUCUAGCAAAAUGUCCCUCGACUCACAGGCUCCCUCCCUAUUUGGUUCAACAAAGUCACCGCCAGAGUCCACAUUUUUGUUUCAUGGGGAUAAGACUGAGGGCGCCGCUGAAAAGAAGACAGAGGCUGUGCCUGAGAAACAGGGGGGCCCAUCACUAGGAGCGACAAGUGCCUCGUUUAAUUUCGGCAAGAAAAUGGAUGGUUCUGUGUUGGGCUCCUUAAACUCUGGCCCCCUGGCUGGGUUUUCCUUUCCUUCUGGAAACUCCAGUUUAUUUGGCAAAGACAUUGCCCAGAGUGAGCCAGCUGCUUCACCCUUCUCCGCGACGGGGUUGGAGAGCCGGGCGGGUGGCGCCAGUGCUGGCUGCAAAGGUGGAGAGGAGGAAGAAAGCGACGAGCCGCCCAAAGUAGUGGUCACGGAGGUGAAAGAAGAGGAUGCUUUUUACUCCAAAAAGUGCAAACUUUUUUACAAGAAAGACAAUGAAUUUAAAGAGAAGGGUGUAGGAACUCUGCAUUUAAAACCUACAGCGAAUCAGAAGACACAGCUGUUAGUGCGGGCAGACACCAACUUAGGCAACAUCCUGCUGAACGUCCUGAUCCCGCCCAACAUGCCGUGCACGCGGACCGGGAAGAACAACGUGCUGAUCGUGUGCGUGCCCAACCCCCCGCUGGACGAGAAGAACGCCGCCGCCCCCGUGACCAUGCUGAUCCGGGUCAAAACCGGCGAGGACGCGGACGAGCUGCACCGAGUCCUCCUGGGGAAGAAGGACGACGCCUAGCCUCCCGCCCUCGCCCAGUCGGUUUCUUCUCCGGUGACAUUCUGAGGACGUUAGACAACUUAAACCUUUGUGAGCAAGAGUAAUAUGGCCAAUAAACCUUCAAUGUUUAGUGUUAA